UCGUCUUGACCCUGGACAGUGGACUGAAGUCACAGGAUUGGAUAUUGGGGUCUUUCCUCAACAGACCAACAGCAUUGAUUGUGGAGUUUUCAUGCUCAUGUAUGCCCUUUACACUGUGCUGAACACUCCAUUCAAUUUUACUUCGCUUGACAUGCCUGCAAUCAGGGAGUGGUGGUGUCUACGUCUAAUUGAGCGGUUUGAGACAGAGGGGAGGAACCGAAAGUUAUCCAACCAGGCUCUGGUGGACUUCAUUGUGGCAAGAGGAACCGAUAACCACAUUCAGUCCAUCAUCAAUGGACAAAAAAAAUCACAGUGGCUUGACACUUUUUCCAAGUGUUCCAUAAAGAAAGUGCCUGUGCCAUUGUUCAUUGAAGAUCAGGAACAAAUUGAUAUGAUCUACACUCACCUGACUUCAAUUCUGAACAGUACACCCACACACACCCACAGUGACCAGAUCAGAUUUAUUAUGGAUGUCCUUUUUCCAGAGGUAGGACUAAUGUGUUAGUUGUGCUCUGCAUGGUGUCAUAUUCACAUUGU